GACCCUUUAAAAGACCCGAAAUAUCCGUCGAGGGGUUUAGAGAGGGGUUUGGAAAUGUUGAAUUUACGCAAACGGAAUUUGGCAUGGCAGCAGCUAAGGCGGUUAUCAACGGCAAUUCGACAAAGUAUAGAAGAUGAAGGCGACUGGUUUUAUUCUUCCGAAUGGUGGGGCCCCACCACCUCCUCCGACGGCAACACAGUUUUCCGAUCAGCUUCCGGCAAAGGAAACGGCGUCGUUUCUGUCGUAGCUUACCCUUCUUCUAGACCACAAAAAUGUUACUGGGCAAGAACAGAGAAUUGGCUUCAGCAAAGGUACGAAAAGAUAUAUCCAGGGUGUGAACACGAAGGGAAUUUCAGGAUUCUUGGUUACCAAUGGCGUAAUCUUCACUUUAAUGACGAUACUCGCCAAAGCACAGUUAAAGUAAUGGCUGCUUACAGGGAAUCAGAUCCAGGUUCUAUAUACUUGAUGCAGCAGGCAGAGUGUCUCGCUGUUCCAUAUGUGAAGAGCAUGGUCUCUGCUGGGUUGGCUACCGUCGCAUCUUGUAAAUACGAUCUUGAAAGUGCAGUUUGUGGGAGAAAACCAAUGAGGAUUUUAUGCAUUGGGCAUGGUGGAGGAAGCAUACCAUUGUUUUUGGCCAAUAAAAUCCAAGGUGCUGAAGUGCACAUAGCUGAAAUCGACCCCGUGGUUAUCUCAGCCUCGGUUCAAGCAAUGGGGUUCCCAUCUUACUCGGUGAUGACCCCAUCUGGUAGCCGUGCAUACUCAACUUGUAAUCCAAUUGAAGAAGUGCAAUGGAAAGGCAUUCAUGAGAGGCUUCACUUACAUGAAUCAGAUGCUGAGAAGUUUCUCCUCAAAAACAAAAAUCUCUAUGAUCUUGUUUUCAUCGAUGCAUAUGACGGGGAAGAUAUUUUUCCUCACGAGCUGUGGAAUACACGCUCUCCAUUUCUCAAUGCUCUUGCAGAGCAACUUCACCCCGAGCAUGGAACUGUUAUCGUAAACCUUCACUCAGAUGUAGACUUCAGGGAUGCUGAUUUUAGCCCGGCCGGUGCUCACCUUUUGCCAAUGGGCAAGUAUAUUUCUAAAGUGUGCAGAGCAUACAAAGAGGUUCUCUUAGGGAGUAAGAGCUCCUAUAAUGGUCUGGCUUAUGUAGUUUCUGUGCCUUGGGUAUGUAAUACAUCUCUUGUUGUGUGUAGAGGUUUAGGGAAAUCUGGUAGGGAUAUGGUUAUGAAGACUAUCAUGUCUAAAUCCCUAGUAGUUGAGAAUAUUCUUGACUUGCCAUUUUCUUGUUUGCAGUAUCUGAAACGAGGUUUUACUUUGGUGAAUUAAUAUGAAUUGAAGUGUUUUGCCUUCUCUUCAAA